AUGAAAACCAUUCGUUUGCAAGAAGUCGCCAAGAAAAAAACAUGGUCCGUAUCUUUUCAGAGACGCCGUGAAAACACAGCGACAACGUGUCAAUCCCACGUGGAGGUGUUGGACACACUUCCAGAGUUUAGAGCUUCUGAGCCCCGGAGGUCUCAAACGUGCAGAUUUCAUGCAAUUGCGACACCUGCAAUCUUCAACGGGCGCAAAAUGACCAGUCUGAGAAACACUCUCAACUUCAAACCAUGUCACACCGUUUCAAUUUCAAAUCUCAGGAAUGGUGUUCUUUCCACCAGCGAAACUCAGAACUAA